CGAAAGAUACCAUAAUACUGCUACAAGGUCAAAGAGUGGCAGCAGGAGUAGUGGCAGUUCUACGGCCGUUGAAAAAGCCGGGAGCUCAUCGUCCAGUCCGACGAGUGUUGAUUUCGUAAGCACCCUACCUCCUCCUCCACAAGCUAUAACGAGGUUACCUCAUAAUGGUCACGAAACAGAUUCACGAACAUUACAUGGUGAUGAAUAUAACAAUCACAAAUGGGUGGAUCAGAAGCCGUCAACCGAAUGGUUGAACGAGCAUCCAGCAUCCAUACAAAACCGUGAACUUCAACGAAAAGCAACAAAUAACGGUCGGCUAUAUCGACAAAGUUCUACAGUAUCAUCUCAUGACGGAGAUUGCCCUACAUCUAAACAGCGUCCACAAAUAGCAAUUCAUUCGCAUUCGCAGCCACUACAAUAUACACCAGAGGGACACACCCGCUCUCCGUCAUCGUUAUCUACGUUAACACAAUCAACAAAUACAUCGUUGUCACCGCCGCCAAGGGUACAGUCACCAAUACUUCGUGCAACAUCACCUCCGACAUCUCGACCGACAUCACCUCUCCCGAGUACAUUUGCUGGACAAUCACAGCAGACAUCCAUACGGAACAUGUCAUCGUCAAAUUCUCUAACUGCAAUAAGAAUUAUCAAUUCAUUCGAGGUUCAGCCAGUAGUAGGCAACCAUCGGUCUUCGUUGCAUGAAACUUUUAUGGGACAAUCGAGUGUAGCGAAAAAGGUCUGGGGAGCCAGUGACUUUGGGGUUGAAGGAAGUUUAAGUGGUAAUAAUUCUAUAGGUAGUCAGUUGAGUUCUUCAGAUACGACGGGGCAUUAUCGUAGCACUUCUGAUGUGUCUACUGGAUCCGGGGCAUUAUCGGCCGUGGGUGUUCCGAGUUUUUAG